AUGUCUUCGGCAGAUCAAAUCAUCGUCCAAAUUCAAAGCUCCAAGGGACUUUGUGUCUCUCCAGCAUGGCUCAACAAUUUCCUAUCUUCUAGCACACAGCGCAAUAUCCCCGCCUCCGCACUCACAAAAACAGCCUUAUUCCGUGUCCUUGCCUCAGAUUUCCGUGAAUCAUUAUCCAAAAACCCAACCUCCGUAUUACCAGAUGAUGUCUACAACCCACAUAUCUGCGAAAGACGAUUACAAGGCCCAAUACCUGUCCAAAUUGUCGACAUUGAAGACAUCGGCUCAAGUCUCUGGAGCCAAGUCGAAGCAAUUGAACGUGUAGAACGCGGCGAGUCAAUACGUGGUCGUGAGAUCGUACGAACUAUCAAUGUGGGCGAGGACGCGGAGGCAGCAGAGAAUAAUGGCACUGGAGCAACACAGGGCGCAACAGGGAAUACAAAUUCAUCUGGAACUAGUGGUGGGCCACAUCGAUUGAUCCUUCAAGAUUCAGCGGGUACCAAAGUUGUCGCAAUAGAAAUGCAGCGGAUAGAGGGCCUUACCCUGGAAAAGAUAUCUAUUGGAGCGAAAUUCUUACUUCGUGGGGUUACUGCAGCGCGAGGGAUGCUUCUUUUGGAUCCCGGUUGCGCGACUUUACUUGGGGGAAAGAUUGAAGCACUUGAUAAACCAUGGAAGGAUGGGAGAAAGGCACGAUUGCUGGAGAAAAUCAGUGCUAUGGAGGCGGAGGGGACAAGUAAUGGUGGCGUGAGAUCACGGUGA